AUGUCCAACACGGCUUAUUCCGGCAAGCCGGCUGCUACACCGCCGGCAAAGGAGGAGAAGAAGGCCCCUGCCAAAAAGGGAAGAGCUAGAAAGGUUGUCGACGACAGCGACGACGAGGAAGAGUGCAGUAGCACCAAAGAAGCCGACGACGAGAACAGCAACAGCGUAAGCGUAAAACGCGCCGCAUCACCGCCGGGCGAAGAAACAACGACUGCCGCCUACUUCGCCACCAAGAACAAGCCGAAGCGAAUCGCCGCUGCCACAAAGUCACAACCUGCCCCUCCCACAGAGUCUCCUGCCAAACCCAUUAAAUCAGAAAAUACCCUACCACCCUCGACAGAUGAUCUAAACCCCGAAGACUUCCCCGACGACGACUUCGAUGACACCUUGACGACAGAGUACAAGAAAGAGGAUCCUCCUGCCGAAGACACCGACGACAUGCCUCCCAAGAAGCGCGCUGCUGCCACCAAGGCUAACCCGAAGAAGAUCAAGGACGACGAAGAUGCCGACGUUGACAUGAAGGACGACGACUUUCUUGUGCCAGACGACGACGAUGACAUGGAAGUCGAGCCACCAACAAAAGCAAAACCCAAGGCCAAGGCAGGUGCAAAGAGAAAGUCCAAGGAUCUGGACACCGAUGAAGAAGAAGAGAAGCCCAAGCCGAAGAAGCCUCGUGCUCCUGCAAAGAAGAAGGAAAAGGACCCACCCGUUGAAGACAGUGCAGAGCUCAAGGCCAUCCUCGACGACAUUCCCUUGAUCCAAGCUCCCGACCCUCCAAGUGAAGACGAAGGCGGCAAGAAGAAGUGGUACAAUCGACCCAAGGACGAUAACCCCGCCCCUGGUGCCGGUAGUCUCGACAUUCCCGAGGGCGCUGACAAUUGUCUUGCUGGUCUGACCUUUGUCUUCACUGGCCAACUCACAUACCUUUCCAGAGAAGAGGGCCAAAACCUGGUCAAGCGCUAUGGCGGAAAAUGCACAACAGGCCCCAGCAAGAAGACCGACUACGUUGUUCUUGGUGCCGAGGCUGGUCCAAAGAAGCUCGCAACCAUCAAGGAACACAAGAUCAAGGUCAUCGACGAACAGGGCCUCUGCGCUCUCAUCAAGAAGCUCCCUCCCAACGGCGGCAAUAGUGUAGCCGGCGCCAAGUUUGCAGAGCAACAGAAGAAGGAAGCCGAGAAGAUCAAGAAAGCCGCCGAAGACAUCGAAAAGGCGGAACGUGCAAAGGCUGCCGCUAAUCCUACAUCCCAGCCUAAGGGCAUCGCUGCCGACGGAACCGACAACAGACUCUGGACUGUCAAGUACGCUCCCACCCAACUGGGUCAGAUCUGUGGCAACAAAGGUCAAGUCGAAAAGCUGAGCAACUGGUUGCGUAACUUUCACAAGAACGCUCGCAAAGACUUCAAAUUGGCUGGAAAGGAUGGCAGCGGUACUUACAGAGCCGUCAUGAUCCACGGCCCUCCUGGUAUCGGCAAGACUACAGCAGCACAUCUCGUCGCCAAACUCGAAGGUUUCGAUAUUGUCGAAAGCAACGCCAGUGACACUCGCAGUAAGAAGUUGGUCGAAAGCGGUCUCAAGGGAGUCUUGAGCACAACUUCACUCAUGGGCUACUUCUCUGCAGGCGAAGUCGAAACAAGCAAGAAGAAGAUGGUCUUGAUCAUGGACGAGGUCGACGGUAUGUCUGCUGGUGAUCGUGGUGGUGUUGGUGCUCUCGCUGCCGUGUGCAAGAAGACUCAAGUGCCCAUGAUCCUCAUCUGCAACGAUCGCAAGCUUCCCAAGAUGAAGCCAUUCGAUUUUGUCACCUUCGAUCUGCCUUUCCGCCGCCCAAGCAACGACAUGAUCCGUGCCCGUAUCGCAACCAUCGCCCACCGUGAGGGUCUGAAGAUGCCACCAAACGUUAUGAACGCUUUGAUCGAAGGCACAGGAGCAGACAUCCGUCAAGUGGUCAACAUGAUUUCUACAGCAAAGCUCGACCAAUCUGCCAUGGACUUUAACAAAGGCAAGGAGAUGUCAAAGGCUUGGGAGAAGCAUGUCGUCUUGAAGCCGUGGGACAUUACCAGCAAGAUCCUUGGAGGUGGCAUGUUUAUGCCAUCUAGCAAGUCCACACUCAACGACAAGAUUGAGCUGUACUUCAACGACCACGAAUUCAGCCCUCUCAUGUUGCAAGAGAAUUACCUCGGCACAAAGCCAAUCCUCGCCGCAGACGCUCCCAAUGCGAAGAUGGCCAACCUCGAGACGCUCAAACUGUCCAGCCAAGCAGCUGACAGUAUCUCGGACGGUGAUCUCGUCGACAGAAUGAUCCACGGUUCCCAACAACAGUGGAGCUUGAUGCCCUCACACGCCAUCAUGAGUUUUGUCCGUCCAGCUUCCUUCGUUGCAGGUUCUCAAGCCGGCUCCCAAACACGCUUCACUGCAUGGUUGGGAAAGAACAGUUCUCUGGGCAAAUUCAGUCGUCAAGUCAAAGAGAUUCAAGGCCACAUGCGUCUGCGUACCUCUGGUGACAGACAUGAGAUCAGGCAGCAAUACCUUCCUACACUCUGGCAGAACCUUGUCAAGAAGCUGGAGGUUGAAGGUAAAGAAGCAGUGCCCGAAGUCAUCAGCCUCAUGGAUCAAUACUUCCUUACCAAGGACGACUUUGAUGCCAUUCUGGAACUUGGCGUGGGACCCAUGGAUCAGGAGAAGAUCAAGCUCGAAACACAAACCAAGGCUACCUUUACCAGGAUGUACAACGCACAAUCUCAUCCUUUACCCUUCAUGAAGGCUUCCAGUGUCGUCAACCCGUCCAAGAAGAUCGCGAAGGACAAGCCCGAUCUCGAAGAGGCAAUGGACGACUCGGAGGAUGAAGCCAUUCUCAAAGACGCAGCCGAGGACGACGCCGAGGAAGAAGAGGACAUGGACAUCUCGAAAGACAAGUACGUCGCCAAGCCCAAGAAGAAGAAGGCUCCAGCUACCAAGGAUGAUGAUGAGGAUGAAAAGCCAAAGCCGGCUGCUAAGAAGAAAGCACCUGCUAAGCCGAGAGCCAAGAAGUGA